AUGCCAGAACUUUCCUCUCCAUCUGCUCUGGAAGACAGUCCUGGAACUACCCUGAGCUGGAUCGACUAUGAAACUGAAUCUAUGUGGGUUACUGUUGGAUCAUUUGCCACUCAUAGUGUUCACCACCAUGGCCGCUGCCCGAGCCGUCGUAAUCCUCUCAUUCCUCCUCCUCUCUGCCGCCUUCACCUCCGGGUGCGGCACGUGCAAGCCGCACCGCCGAACCCGUUCUGCCCCCGGGACACGUUGAAGCUCGGCGUCUGCGCCGACCUCCUCAGCCUGGCGAAUGUGGUGGUCGGGUCGCCCCCUUCGGGCGACAAGUGCUGCCCGCUGCUCGAGGGGCUGGCCGACUUGGAGGUGGCGGCGUGCCUCUGCACGGCCAUCAAGGUGAACGUGCUCGGCAUCAACCUGGACAUCCCGGUGGCGCUCAGCGUCUUGCUUAGCGCUUGCCAGAAAACGGUCCCUCCCGGUUUCAUGUGUUUGAAUGCAGUGAGAACUUAG